AUGACAAAUUAUGAUGGCAUUGAUGGCAAAAUUACAUGCAGAUGGAAUGAAUUACACCUAGGAAGAAUUCUGGCAGUGCAAGUUCAGAGUAAAUCUAUACUAACGUUAAGUAGUAGAGAACAAACAGAGUGUCAUUUCAUCUUAUAUAAAUUCGAUUCAUCUAAACUCGAAAAUCGUAUUGUAAUCUCGGGUAAUAAUGAGAUUAAAAUUAAAAAUGAUGGCUCCAAAGAGAAGAUUUUGGUCGUUGCGGCCGUUUACGAUGGAAAUGUUUCAAUUGAAAUGAAUAACGACUUUAAACCAGAAGUUCUAGAUGUUAAUGGAACUAAAUUAAAUACACUAACAUCAACGGAACCAAUAUUAAUAAUCUUUAAUAACACUCAACGAGUUAAAUUUAAAGCUACCAUCAAACAAGCCAAAACCGGAACAGAUUCCACUUAUAUAAUUGAUUCAUAUGUUUCAAAUUACGAGUUUGGAUAUAUUUCUUAUAAAGAAAAUGGAAUUUGGAUUUCAGAACAAAGAAUUACUGAAGAGGAAGAUAGUGGCUCCUUAUCUGCAGGUUCAAUUGCAGGAAUUAUUGUUGGAUGCGUUUUCAUAGUCGUUAUUAUUGUAGUAAUAAUAGUUUGCUUGAAAAAGUCAAAGUCCAAAUCUAGCUCAUCAAGUUCAUCAAAGAAAGUUAAGACUUAUAAGAAUGACUAUAAUGAAGCACAAGCACUCAGUGAUUUCCCUCAAGGCCAAGGAUAUCCUCCACCACAGCCUUAUUAUCCAAAUCAAGGCAUGCCCCAAAAUCCUCCUUACCCUCAGCCUCAAGGAUAUCCACAAAACAACCAGACACCUAUUUAUAAUGCAACAAUCUCCCCAGAUACACCUUAUCAAUAA